AUGUGGUACGUACGCUCCGGCUCACCGCUGCUCAUCGAGCUGGCCCAAGGGUCAGAUGGCAUUUUCGGCUACGUCAGCUACCUGGUGGAGAAGGACCGGAAGUUCAUCCUCGACACACUCGUGAACGGUCUGUCGCGGUUGGAAUACCGUGGCUAUGAUUCCGCCGGUCUCGCCGUCGAUGGCGACAAGAAGAACGAGGUGUUCGCCUUCAAGGAGGUUGGCAAGGUCGCCAAGCUCCGUGAGCUGAUUGACGAGGCCCAGAUCGACCAGACCAAGGUCUUUGACUCGCACUGCGGUAUUGCACACACCCGCUGGGCCACCCACGGCACGCCAUCCCGCCUCAACUGCCACCCUCACCGGUCCGACCCCACCUGGGAGUUCUCCAUCGUCCACAACGGUAUCAUCACCAACUACAAGGAGCUUAAGACGCUCCUCGCGAGCAAGGGCUUCAAGUUUGAGACCGAGACCGACACCGAGUGCAUUGCCAAGCUGGCCAAGUACAUCUACGACCAGCACCCCAGCCUGGCCUUCACCGACCUGGCCAAGGCCGUCAUCUGCGAGCUGGAGGGCGCCUACGGUCUGCUGAUCAAGUCUGUCCACUACCCCCACGAGGUCAUUGCCGCCCGCAAGGGUUCGCCCCUCGUCAUUGGUGUCAAGACCCAGAAGCGCAUGAAGGUCGACUUUGUCGACGUCGAGUACGCCGACGACAACAACCCGCUGCCGGCUGAGACUGCGUCGCAGAACGUUGCCCUCAAGAAGGCUGGUGUCUCCGGCAGCAACCUGCUGUCGCCUGACUCCGCCGCGGGCGGCCUGGCCGCCCCCGACAAGUCGCUGCUGCACCGCUCGCAGUCACGCGCCUUCAUGACCGACGACGGCAUGCCCAUGCCCACCGAGUUUUUCCUGUCGUCCGACCCCUCGGCCAUCAUUGAGCACACCAAGAAGGUUAUGUACCUUGAGGAUGACGACAUCGCCCACAUCCAUGAGGGCUCGCUCAACAUCCACCGCCUCAAGAAGGCCGACGGCAGCUCCAACGUCCGCACCAUCCAGACCCUGGAGCUCGAGCUGCAGGAGAUCAUGAAGGGCAAGUUCGACCACUUCAUGCAGAAGGAAAUUUUCGAGCAGCCCGAGUCCGUCGUCAACACCAUGCGUGGUCGUCUGGACAUUGACAACAAGAAGGUCACUCUGGGUGGUCUGCGCUCCUACAUCUCUACCAUUCGCCGGUGCCGCCGCAUCAUCUUCAUUGCCUGCGGUACGUCGUACCACAGCUGUAUGGCCGUGCGCGGUGCCUUUGAGGAGCUGGCCGAGAUCCCCAUUGCCGUCGAGCUGGCGUCCGAUUUCCUCGAUCGCCAGGCGCCCGUCUUCCGUGACGACACCUGCGUGUUCGUGUCCCAGUCCGGCGAGACCGCCGACUCGCUGCUGGCCCUCCGCUACUGUCUGGAGCGUGGUGCCCUGACCGUCGGCAUCGUCAACGUCGUCGGCUCGUCCAUCUCGCUGCUGACCCACUGCGGUGUCCACGUCAACGCCGGUCCUGAGAUUGGUGUCGCUUCCACCAAGGCGUACACCUCGCAGUUCAUUGCCAUGAUCAUGUUCGCGCUGUCGUUGAGCGAGGACCGCGCCAGCAAACAGCAGCGCCGCGAGGAGAUCAUUGAGGGCCUGUCCAAGAUCUCGGGCCAGAUCAAGGCGGUUCUCGAGCAGAACCAGGCCAUCAAGGACAUGUGUGAGCAGAAGUUCAAGAACCAGAAGUCGCUGCUGCUCCUCGGCCGUGGCUCGCAGUUCAGCACGGCGCUCGAGGGUGCUCUCAAGAUCAAGGAGAUCUCGUACCUGCACUGCGAGGCCGUCAUGUCCGGCGAGCUGAAGCACGGCGUGCUGGCGCUGGUUGACGAGAACCUCCCCAUCAUCAUGAUCCUGACCCGUGACGACCUGUUCAAGAAGUCGCUUAACGCGUUCCAGCAAGUCAUUGCUCGUGGCGGCAAGCCCAUUGUCAUCUGCAACACCGGCGACGUCGAGUUCAAGACGUCGCAGGCGGAGAAGAUUGAGAUCCCCCAGACCGUCGAUGUUCUGCAGGGCAUCCUCAACGUCAUUCCCCUGCAGCUGAUUGCCUACUGGCUGGCUGUGCUGGAGGGCCUGAACGUGGACUUCCCGCGCAACCUGGCCAAGUCCGUGACGGUCGAGUAA